AACGAGCUUGGAGGAGGAACAAGAAGAAGAAGACGACACGACGGAAAGUGAGCUCCGGGGAGGAGGGGGAGCCGGGCGGGUCUGGGCUGAGGUGAAUGUACGCAGCGCUCCCGUGCUGCCCGCUCCCCGCCAUCUUGGCCGCCCCCCUCUGAGUGCAGGAAGCCCGGUCACCUCUGCAGGCCGCUGCCGCCCCCUUGGCUGAGGGUCCCGCCCACCGUUCCUGCCCCGGGCCGGCCUUUGUUUCCGGUGCUUGCAGCGCCCUCUUGCCGCCCCUCCCCAGGACCCCUCAGGAUCUGUCCUAGGCCGCUCGGACCGCAUCCCAAAGCAGUUAUCCAUGCUGCAGAAGUGCAGUCUACACAGAUGAACCAAGACUUGCGUCAGAACUGCAAGCCCAGAUAGUUAGACGGCAGACUGCUCAGGCAGGAUGCCGUCAACGAGUCGAGCUGGAAGUCUGAAGGACCCAGAUAUAGCGGAACUCUUCUUCAGGGAAGAUCCAGAAAAGCUUUUUACUGAUCUCCGUGAAAUUGGCCAUGGGAGCUUUGGAGCAGUCUAUUUUGCACAUGAUGUGCGUACCAAUGAGGUGGUGGCCAUCAAGAAAAUGUCCUACAGUGGAAAGCAGUCCAAUGAGAAAUGGCAAGAUAUCAUCAAAGAAGUGAAGUUCCUCCAAAGGAUACAACAUCCCAACAGUAUAGAGUACAAAGGUUGCUAUUUGAGAGAGCACACAGCAUGGCUGGUAAUGGAAUAUUGUCUAGGGUCUGCAUCAGACUUACUAGAAGUACAUAAAAAGCCAUUGCAAGAAGUUGAGAUAGCCGCUAUCACACAUGGGGCACUGCAGGGUUUAGCAUAUUUGCAUUCUCAUAACUUGAUCCAUCGAGAUAUCAAGGCAGGUAAUAUCCUUCUCACAGAGCCAGGACAGGUGAAACUUGCUGACUUUGGAUCUGCAUCAAUAGCAUCUCCUGCCAAUUCAUUUGUUGGGACACCAUAUUGGAUGGCCCCUGAAGUAAUAUUGGCCAUGGAUGAAGGACAGUAUGAUGGAAAAGUGGAUGUUUGGUCUCUUGGGAUCACUUGUAUCGAACUAGCGGAACGGAAACCUCCUUUGUUUAACAUGAAUGCAAUGAGUGCCUUAUAUCAUAUAGCGCAGAAUGACUCUCCUUCACUUCAGUCUAAUGAAUGGUCUGACUACUUCCGGAAUUUUGUAGAUUCGUGUCUUCAGAAAAUUCCUCAAGACAGGCCAACAUCAGAUGAACUGCUCAAGCACAUGUUUGUUCUUCGAGAGCGACCUGAAACAGUGUUAAUUGACCUAAUCCAGAGGACGAAGGAUGCAGUCAGAGAAUUGGAUAACCUACAGUAUCGUAAGAUGAAGAAGCUGCUUUUCCAAGAGGCUCAUAAUGGUCCUGCUGUGGAAACACAAGAGGAGGAAGAGGAGCAAGAACAUGGAGUUGGCCGGACAGGGACAGUGAAUAGCAUUGGUAGUAACCAGUCCAUUCCCAGUAUGUCAAUCAGUGCCAGUAGCCAAAGUAGUAGUGUGAAUAGUCUUCCAGAUGCCUCGGAUGAUAAAAGCGAGCUUGACAUGAUGGAAGGAGAUCACACUGUAAUGUCGAACAGCUCUGUCAUCCAUUUAAAACCGGAGGAAGAAAGUUACCAAGAAGACCCUGAACCAAGAAUGCGGCCAUCAGAACCUCAGUCCCCUCCCCAGGUUUCUCGUCACAAGUCUCACUACCGCAAUCGUGAGCACUUUGCCACCAUACGCACAGCCUCGCUGGUGACGAGGCAAAUUCAGGAACAUGAACAAGAUUCAGAACUGCGGGAGCAGAUGUCUGGUUACAAACGUAUGAGGCGGCAACAUCAGAAACAGCUGAUGGCACUGGAGAACAAACUAAAGGCAGAGAUGGAUGAGCAUAGACUUCGACUGGACAAAGAUUUAGAAACCCAGAGAAACAACUUUGCCGCAGAAAUGGAAAAACUUGUUAAGAAGCAUUCGGCAGCCAUGGAUAAAGAGUUAAAGUUAAUGGCAAAUGAGGAGAAAAAAUUCCAGCAACAUAUCCAGGCUCAGCAAAAGAAAGAGUUGAACAGCUUCUUGGAAUCACAAAAACGAGAAUAUAAAUUGCGCAAAGAACAGCUGAAAGAGGAGCUAAAUGAAAACCAGAGUACCCCAAAGAAAGAGAAACAGGAAUGGCUAUCCAAGCAGAAGGAAAAUUUCCAGCAUUACCAAGCUGAAGAAGAGGCAAAUCUUCUACGGCGUCAAAGGCAAUACUUAGAGUUGGAAUGUCGCCGAUUUAAGCGGCGUAUGCUGCUUGGCAGACACAACCUAGAGCAGGAUCUGGUCAGAGAGGAGCUAAACAAGCGGCAAACUCAAAAGGAUCUUGAGCAUGCAAUGCUUCUGCGGCAACAUGAGUCUAUGCAGGAGCUAGAGUUUCGGCACCUCAACACCAUACAAAGGAUGCGUUGUGAGCUGAUUAAGUUACAGCACCAAAUAGAACUCACCAACCAGAUGGAGUACAACAAGAGACGGGAGAGAGAACUAAGACGCAAGCAUGUCAUGGAGGUCCGACAGCAGCCCAAAAGCCUCAAGUCUAAAGAAUUACAGAUUAAGAAGCAGUUCCAGGACACUUGCAAGAUUCAAACAAGGCAGUACAAAGCUCUACGAAAUCACCUUUUGGAGACCACACCAAAGAAUGAACACAAAGCUGUCCUCAAGCGGCUGAAAGAGGAGCAAACACGCAAACUUGCCAUAUUGGCUGAGCAGUAUGAUCAUAGCAUUAAUGAGAUGCUGUCCACGCAAGCAUUGCGCCUGGAUGAGGCACAGGAAGCAGAGUGCCAGGUUUUGAAGAUGCAGUUGCAACAGGAGCUGGAACUACUAAAUGCUUAUCAAAGUAAAAUCAAGAUGCAGGCAGAAGCCCAACAUGAGCGGGAGCUACGUGAACUGGAACAGAGGGUUUCACUCAGGAGGGCCCUUCUUGAGCAGAAGAUUGAGGAAGAAAUGCUGGCUCUUCAGAAUGAGCGUACAGAGCGAAUACGAAGUUUAUUGGAGCGCCAAGCACGGGAAAUUGAAGCUUUUGACUCUGAAAGCAUGAGGCUAGGCUUUAGCAAUAUGAUACUUUCUAAUCUCUCCCCCGAGGCGUUCAGCCACAGCUACCCGGGAGCUUCUGGCUGGUCCCAUAAUCCCACUGGAGGCCCUGGACCUCACUGGGGUCACCCCAUGGGAGGCCCACCUCAAGCCUGGGGUCACCCAAUGCAAGGUGGGCCCCAACCAUGGGGUCAUCCUUCAGGGUCUGUACAAGGUGUCCCUCGUGGUAGUACGAUGGGGGUCCGCAACAGCCCCCAGGCUCUGAGGCGGACAGCUUCUGGGGGACGGACAGAGCAGGGAAUGAGCAGGAGCACAAGUGUUACUUCACAGAUAUCCAAUGGUUCACAUAUGUCUUACACAUAACUGCAAGAAGAACUUGGCCAUUCCUUAUGAUCAUUCAACACAAACUGCCUACAGAUGUCCUCACAGCAGCUUUCUCAAUGGUACUGAGCAGCUGCAAAAAUAAGGCUUCCUACACAUGCUGUAUUUAAUCAGUUUGUACAGAGUUACAUGUCUGUGUGUUAUCCGAUGUAUAGCUGCUGGAUUUCUAACAGGAAAAUGUGGGAUUGAGAAGGAAAGGAAAGCAUGUGAUUUGUGCUGAGAGUGGAUUUGGGCAAAGUUGCUUUUAAGUGGUAUUGAAAAUUAUUAAAAAGCUGCAAUCCAAUGCAAAUUCACCUUAAAAGGAAAAACAAAAAAACCUUUUCUGCACAUUAAGAGCUUGGUACAUUCCCUGGUUCUUACGUUGCCUGUCUAUUCUUACAGAAGGGUAGUGUUAUUACUCAUUAGUGAAUGAUAAUCCAUUGCUAAUGUGUGUGAAAUCCUUUGCAUUCUGUAUAUCUUUGGUGCAGAAUUGCUAAAGACCAUUGAUUAGGUUUGUCAAACAUUUGCAAAUAUGUGAGAUUAAUUUUAGCUCUAAAUGGGUCAAAAUGUUUAAUUUAGACAAAUUUGCUGCCAGAACCAGCCAGUGGGUUUGUCAUUGCAUUCUGUUAUGCCAGAGGUGGGACUACCUGUUGCUCUUUAGUGGCUAUUGGACUGCUUUUCUUGUUACUAGCUGUUGAUUAUGGCGGUGAAUGACAUGAAAUGUAGAUGAACAUCUGUUACAUAGAGCCACAGGUUUGUCAUCCCUGUCAAGUCAGCUUAUUGAACUGUUUCUCCAGCUCCAGAGUAUCAUUUUCAUAUUACUUUGCUUCUCCAUUUGAUGCACGGCAGUAACAUUUUUUUACUUAUUCCAUAUGCAGUGAUUUUAUCCCACAAUAACUGCAAAUGUGCCCAUGCACUUGCAAAUGUUUGUGUUGGACCUAUUCAUAGAUACUGUCUAUGAUACAGUCCUUAUUUAUUUCUAGAUUGGCUGUCUAUGUUGACUGCUUGCAGCUUUCUAGCCUUUCAGCCUAAACUUCAAUAUGGAACAUUCUGUAUCCGUUGAUUGUUUGUUUUAUUACCGUAUUUCAUUCCUUUGUUUGCUUUGAAUGUUUUACCUUGACUUAAUAUAUCGAAUCGUGCUUGUCUGAUAGUGUUUAUCAAAGCAUGAAUUGGAGUGAAUUGAAAACAGAGUUGCAACAAUUUGGCUAGAACAGCUGCUUUGGAAAUAAAUAUCCAACUCUAUUAGGACACCUGGACUAUUUUAGUCUAAGUUUUGCUAUUUGGUUUUUCAUACACAACAAUUCCGUGUUUAGAGAAUAAAACCUUGUGUAUUGUCAAGAUGUCAUGGUUUUUUAGAUGAAAAAGAAAACCACACAUUUACCUUGUUUUAAAUCCAUAUCAAGCAUUAGUUGUUGUUUUUUCUCUUCAUAAUUUUUCAUUUUGUUCUGUUAGUUGGGUUUCACCCACUCAUAUGUAUUUCAUGCCAUCUUCUCUUAAGCAUCAUUUGCUUUUUUAUGUUACAAACCUCUUGCUGUGCUUUUUGCCAUUGCAAAUGCUGAAUUGCUGUUAAUGCCUUUUCAUUCCACUUUCAAUUAUAUAAUUGUAGGGCUUUGACACCAAUUUCCUUCCUUUGCUGCCAUUUUUUUCAUUGAUUAAUAGCAUGUGAUCGAAAAUGCCAGUAAAAUAGUGUCACGUGCACACCUGUUUGAGUCAGGUAUACAUUGAAAGAGAUUUAAGGAAGUUAGUGUUUUGUUUUAUGCAUUUUAGUUUUUUAUAUGCUGGUGUUAGUGCCAAUCGCUGGGAAUUUUUUUCCUUUAGAUCCUCAGAUUGUGAUGAUUUAGAUGGAAGGUUAUAAAGUGAGAAUUCCGUUAAUGAAUGGACAGGUUCUACUAUGCACGAUUGCAGUAGUGCUGUGGAUAUUGCUGUACAAAGAUAGGUGAGGCUGCCACAUUAAACCGAAAAAUUAAGUAAAUAGGUGAAUUGUCUUUACAUAUGUUGAUAUAUUAAUAUGGAGAUAGUGGGAUACCGUAUACAUAAGUGCUGUCAUUCGGUUGUGUUUUUUAAUUCUUCAUAGUAUAAGCUACCGCUUUUGUGCAGAGACCAGGAGCUUGCCUACUGUGCUUCAUUUGUUGUGCUGCACAA